AUGGCACCAAAUGCGUUCGCGAUGCUACCGCUGUAUUUUGUCGCCGCGGUGGCAGCAGUGGCGAUGGGGGUUGACCUGCAGCCGAACAUUACAUUCAAUCAGGCCAUGGGACUACUCGCUACGAUGCCACCCUGCGGAUCGAAUUGUCUGCUCCAGAAUAUCCAACAGUCCGACUGUGCACUCCAAGAUCUGAAGUGCGCCUGCAACAGCGCCAAACUCAACUAUGACGCCCAGGUUUGCGUGCUCGGGCAUUGCAGUAUCAAACAAGCUCUCACCACGAAAAAGAUCAGCACGAGGAUAUGCAACGAGCCCAUUCGAAGCCGACAGUAUACCGUACACUAUGCCAUCAUUGGUUUCUCUCUGAUGACUGGCGCAUAUGUUUUGCGCAUGAUACCAAAGAUGCAGUUGGCAUUCAACAAACGAAAUCUGACACAACUCUGGUGGGACGACAUGGCCAUCUCCUUCUCAAUGUUGAUGCAAAUACCUGCCAUUACGAUUGCACUCCUCAUCACGAAAGCUGGGCUGGGCAAAGACGUCUGGGAAAUCCCAUUCCCGAACAUCACCUGGAUACUGAAGCUCAACUAUGUUGGCUCGAUCAUCUACACAUCAACCUUGGGGUUCAUCAAGAUCUCUCUGCUCCUGACCUACCUCCGCGUCUUCCCGAGUCAAGGAUUCCAACGCUGGGUCUACUUCUGGCUGGUUAUUAACUUUUGCUUCGUCCUCGCGGUAGUUCUACUCUUUGCUACUGCUUGUCAGCCGACUUCGCAUUACUGGCACAGAUGGGAUCUCGAACACAAAGGACACUGCGUAGACAUCAAUGCGGGAGCCUGGUCUGUCGCUGCGAUAAACAUGGCACUUGAUUUCAUCAUCCUCUUCCUCCCAAUGCGACAGUUGUGGGCCUUACAACUCAACAAACGGAAGAAAUUCAUGCUGUUCUUCAUGUUCGGUCUCGGAGGCUUCGCGUCGAUCGUCAGCAUCUUGCGGCUGCACGGAAUUCUCAAAUACGCUCAAUCGAAGAAUUUAACAUGGGACAGCGUGCCGACUUCGUACUGGUCAAGAAUGGAGGUACACGCAGCCUUCAUCUGCGCAUGCUUGCCCGCGAUAUACGUAUACCUGCGACGAUUCUGGACGAAGACCGUGACAAGCGUUACUGGCAGUAGCAACAAGAACAGCAGAGACAAACCUAUGUCGGACUGGAUGGCAUCCAUUGAUCGCCACGUGCGCGACAGGCAUUGGAAGUUCAAUAGUGUAUCGCGAACAAGACUCCCUACUGUUGGCGAAAGCGAGGAGGAACUGCCAGAAAUACCGAAAAAGUAG